AUGGAGUCUAGUCAAUCUUCUUUUUCACCCAAGAAACCACCCUUCCCUACCUCGAAAAAAUCUGACCCGAAUGCCACCGGGGCUCCAUUUCAGGAUCCAUGGAGAACCAAGACCCCCGAGAAGCCCCUCGAUCAUCCUCGCCGGACUCGGAACCGCAAUGCCGCCUUCUCCUUAAAACAAGUCCGGCAAGCCGCGCAGAAGCUCUGCAAGUCGGAUCAAAACCACCCUACUCCCCAACCCGACAGGUUAUUGAGCUCCGGUAAAUCCCAUGGGGUCUCUUCUUUCUCGGGCUCUUCGAAAGCCAAACCCAAGAAGCCUACUGACCCAGUAAAGCUACCAGAAAAGAGGUUUUCUUACGCUCAUUUAGCGCAGCUGAAGUUUAUUUUACCUGAGGUUAUUGAGAUAAAAAAGAUCCUUGUGUUUGAUGAACGUACAAACUGUAUGAAGCCUGAACUUCAUAUUGCAUUAAAUGCUAAUGCAGUUGAAAUUGACGAGAAGCGGAAAUCUAGUAGCUCUGUUCAGCUGAGGAAAGUCUUCCGUACACGGCUUUUGAACUUUUUAAAAUCCCAUCCUCAGGGAGAAGACAUUCCCGAGGAAGCACUACCUGGACCAUUCGGUGAUUCAAGGCAAGAAGUACUGACAAAUUCGUCUGGAUCUGCUGGCGCACAGUUGAUGAGUGAGACGACACCAAUUGGUUCAGUGCCAGAGCAGCGAGCAUCUGCAUCUCACCUGUCUCAAUCUUUCAGAAGAAGAUUUUCACACCGAGUAUCAAUUGGUGAAGCGGAGGAUGCCGAGCAACAUCCACCAGUCACGGAAUGCCAAAUAGCUAAAAGUUCCAAUAACAAAAGAACCUCAACAGCUUCUGAUAAAUGUCCUUCUAAAAAGCCUACAAUGCAAACUAGCACAGUUAAAAACUCAUCGCCAGUGGUUGCUUUUGAUACUUUACUGCUGACUCCUCUGCCUGCCACUCCAAUGAAGAAUAUAAAGGGCGAUGAUGAAUAUGCUUUAUUAACUGCUGAAGGAACUCAAGCAAGACUUACAUCUACACCAGAAAAACUGACGACUUCUACCCCUAUGCCUCAAUCUCCCAAGAGAUGUUGUAUGAGUCCUAAUAGUGGUUCAACUGAAUCACCAAGCAAGCUAGUUAGGCGACCUCCUCGUAAUAGGUCUUUGAACUUCAAUACUCCUGUGAAGAGUUCAAAUGUUACUGAUAAAGCGUGUGAGGGUGCAGGAUUGCCAAUAAAUAAUGAUAUCAUCGACAUUCUUUCGGAGGAUCUUCUGCAGUCGUUACAACAAAAAGAGAGGAAGGGGCUAGAGGAGCAAGAUCCAGCCUUAUCCCAAGCGAAAAGACGCAAGCAGAUGAUUUCAAGCUUGCCUAAAUUCUUUGACAUGAUAUAUUUCCUAUUUCAAUCAGGAAGACGCAUGGUGAUUACAAAAGAGGAACUUAUUCAUAAUGUAAUUUCAAGCCAUCUAGAGAUUGCUGAUAGAAGAGAAGUUGAAGAGCAACUCAGGUUAUUGCAAGAACUUGCUCCUGAAUGGAUUUACAAAAAGGUGGCAGCUAGUGGGGAUCUUCUCUUAUGUGUUAACCAGAUAUCAAGUCCUAAAGAACUACACACAAGACUAGCUGAAGCGAAAUUAGAGAAACAAGAAGAUAGUUGUAUAUAAAUUUUUUGUUAAAUUAGAUUAACAUUUCAAUAUAUUCUUCUCUAGUGCAUCAUUCAUGGAUGCAGAUUACAGCAGUACCGUUUAGUACAGUGCAAUUAUAAUUUAACCAGGACCUAGGUCAGCUUGCAAGUUAGGGCUAAUAAGGGCUACUCUUUGAAGAUUUAGAUCUGUUCUCCUUGUAUAUAGCAAUGAACUUCACUUGGAAUAAGAUUUUGUUAGUCCUUGUAUAUAGCCCCGGGCAAUGAGAUACUGGAUGUUAAUCAUGAGCCUAGAGCUAUGGAUCAAAAUGUUGCUAUUUUCCUUGACAGUAGCUGGC